AAUCCCAAUUUUGAGGUUCCAAAUAUCUCUCUUUUAUUUAUUUAUUUAUUUUUCUCAGUAUUUAAAUUUUAUUUGGAUUUUAUUUACGUUUCUAUAUUCAGGUUGUUUGAAUUUCCCCCAUUGAAUAUUGGGAUUUUUUUGGUUUUUCAUUCGGGUCGCAAAGUAGUUUACUGCGACUACUUAACUUAUAUUAUCUGUUUGGCUGCCGAGAAAAUUUUAGGAGAUGCCGAGAAAGUUGAAAUUUUUGAAUUAUUGUUUUCGUGUUUAAAAAAUCAAAAUUCGUUAAGACGAUCCCAUUCCCACAACAUUGUGUGAGGAUGUUAUUAACUGGAAAAACUAAUGAUGAAGUUAGAUUCUUAAUUUAUAAUUUGAUAUUAUCUGUUUGGCUGCCGAGAAAAUUAGGAGAUGCCGAGAAAGUCGAAAUUUUUGAAUAAUUGUUUCCGUGUUUAAAAAAUCAGAAUUCACUACGACGAUCCCAUUCCCACAACAUUGUUAACCGAAUAGAAAUCUGCCGAAUAGCGUAGAGAAAGGGGAAACUUGGGUUAAGGAGAAUUCCAUUAUUUGUCAGUGGUCAUGCCGUACCGGGUGCGUGAAAAUCUAUUCAUUGGCAACAUCAGUGAUGCAGCAGAGAUUCUCCAAAAUGGUAGCACAGAGAUCACGCAUAUUCUAUCGGUUCGUAGUUCAGCGUCAAUAUCAGUUUUCUCCGAAUGGAAGGGUCUAACAAUUCCCACAAAGGAAAUCAAGAAGGUCUAUGCUGGCGGGUCUGGUGGUGCCUCAGCUUCUGAGGAUGAUUCCGGUGACAGGAAAAAGGGUUGUUUGGUGUCCGAUAAGCUUCUGUACUUGUUGGAACAUGCUGGCAAGGAUUUGAAGCUGGUGAGGAUGGGGGUUCCACUGAGAGAUACGGAGAAUGAAGAUUUGUUGGAUUAUUUGGACGUUUGUUUUGAUUUUAUCGAUAGGAGUAGAAAAGAGGGGUCUGUUUUGGUCCAUUGCUUUGCUGGUGUGUCUAGAAGUGCAGCUAUCAUUACAGCAUAUCUGAUGAGAACAGAAAAUCUAUCACAAGAAGAUGCACUAAAAUCCCUGAGACAAAGCUGUGACUUUGUUUGCCCCAAUGACGGUUUUCUUGAUCAGCUCAAAAUGUACGAGGAAAUGGGCUUCAAGGUUGAUUGUGCCAGCCCCAUAUACAGGUCUUUUCGACUGAAAGUAUUGGGUGAAUCUUAUCAUCGUGGGGAUAGAAUGGACAGUUCUAAAUUUGGAGCAGAUCCUGGGGUGGCUGGUGAAGUUGCCUCUGGAGUGGAAGCAGCUUCGAAUGAAGGAAAAACUGUUACACCAGCUUUCCGCUGCAAGAAAUGCCGAAGAGUUGUUGCAUUGCAGGACAAUGUUGAGGAUCACAUUCCAGGUGAGGGAGAGCAAUCCUUCGGCUGGAACAAGCGAAAAAGUAGCAACUCAUACAACAAGUAUGAGGAUUCUGAUUCUGAAUGUUCAUCCAUUUUUGUUGAGCCUCUAAAGUGGAUGACAGCAGUCGAAGAAGGUGCAAUGGAGGGAAAGUUGUCCUGUGUGCAUUGCGAAGCUCGUUUGGGUUACUUCAAUUGGGCAGGCACCCAAUGCAGUUGUGGAAGCUGGAUCACCCCUGCCUUCCAGCUCCACAAAAACCGAGUUGACGUCAGCACCAUCUAAUCUGUCAAAGAAAAGCAGCAGAAGGGGUCCAAUACCUACCUUUCCAAGGAACAUUUACAACUUUAGAAAUGCCAGAAUACCAUUUAACAUGGUAUAAAAUUUCCGAGAAAAUCAGCUAUCCGCACAGGAAAAGGAGUCGUUGAGUUGUACUGAGGUUGAAAUUGAGCAGCCGCAGCAAGAAAAAAAAUGCAGUGUCGAUCUGUCUUAUAUAAGAUUUUGGAGAUUCGGGUUUUGUUUUUCGUUCUUUCCUACGCAAGCUCAGUUAGGUGACUGAAAAUGUUGUCAUGGAGGUAUAUUUGGCAUGAUUUUUUUCUGUUUUUGUAUAUGUAUAAAACUGUUAAGAGCAAAGAACACUUGAGGUCAUCCCCUUCUCUCGAUAUAGUUAUAGUUUGUAUCAAAGAGAAGAUGGGCGUCAUAAUUCGGGUCAAUUCGAUUUGAAAGAAAAAGAAAAAAAAAAACUCACUAGAGGAAGAGGAUCCUAUCAUGUGAACUGGCAAGAUAUAACCAAUACGUGACAUAAGCUGUUUCGAUUAGCUUGUACUUUAUGUAA